AUGGAAGCCAUGAAACUUACAGUGGACCACGAAGUGAAGCUGCGGUUGACGUUCGAGACGGCCGAAGGAACGUUGGUGCUAUCGAACCUGAAGUGCUGGGUGGCCGCAAUGCCACUGCAAGACGGCCUGGCCGACGUUAUCGUCAGUCGCGCCAUCACGUCGCGACUGGGGUACUGCCCUCAUUUGUUGCUGGCGCAAGCGCGGCGUAUGCAGAGUGCAUACGACCUCAAUUAG